CUAUGGGUUGGGCGCAACGGAUUUCGAAGAGUUUAUAUAAAACGCGCGCGGCCACGGUUGGCGCACAGUCAGUAUCAACCAGGCAACCGUGGCGCGUCACGAUGAGGAUCCACGCACGCGCGCUGCUGUUGAUAAGCCUUGCCGUGCUAAUAUGCGCGGCCAGCGGUGAAAGCGGAAAGCACAAGAAGAAAAACCGACGGCACGAGGAUGACCGGUCAGAACAGGUUUACUAUGUUGAUCAAAUAGCAUCUGCUUCUGCGAUUUCACCCUGGACAUCGAAUCGCAUUAUCGCCAAAACUACUGAAAAUGGUAAGGAAUCCCAGUACGUGAUCAACAUCUCGCCGGACGACGAAGUGAUCAUCCACGAUGACAGAGCAACCGACCGCGUGUCCGACCGUGGCCCAACGGACGAACAAACUCCGCAGGACUUUGUCCACGAGGCACUGCGACUGCGCAAGCAGUACAUGCAGAACGGUCCGAAGGGUACUACCCCAAUGCCGGCAAGCUCGUUCGUCGAGUUCACCACGGUCAAGUACGAUCAUUUCGGGCCGAGCAAGGCACCGGAGCGGGAAGCACCAGAACCGCACGUGAUCUACCACAGCAAACCUGUUCCGACGAAACCAUCGACCACCAUGGCUCCACCAUCCGUUCCCUCAGCAGUGCCCACGUAUCGGCCGAAGCACAUUAAGCCGAAAACCACCAAACCAAUGUUGGUACACACCGUUACACCGUACGUGGCAGUUGACCAUGAGCAGCCAGAACCGAUGCCCACGAUGGGAUACCGGCCGAAGGAAGUGAAAACGCCCGCAAAGCAGGAGAUGGUAUCGAAAACGGUGCACCUGCCAGCUUCCGGUAAGGUUGCACCCAUCAAGCAGCAGGAUACAUCGGCUUCCAGCGUGUACAUACAGGCUGUCCGACCGGACGAGUCAUCCUUCGGUAGUAGCUACGCCACGCAUCACGAAUCCGGCAGUAGCUACCAGGAAUUUCACAAGUUCACACCGAACGCAGACACCCAGAGCAGUAGUUCCAUUCUUACUGUCCAUAAAGUGAGACCUGCGCCCGAGUCGUAUCACGCUAAGCAUCCGAAGCAUCCACGGGAAGAAGAGCAUCGGGAGUACCUUGGGAAGACUCCCAAACCUAAACCACCACCAGCGCCAGUAGAAUUGGGCCGAUAUCGUCCAACAAAGGGUUUCGAGGUAGAAGAAGAGCAUACACCGAAGUAUCACCAGGAGAAGAAGCAUUACGUUUCUGACGUUUCUCAUCCACACGUGCAGUACGAGAAGGAAGUUGAGGAGAACUUCCUGAAACAACAGCAGCAGCAGCAGCUACAGCUGCAGCAGCAGCAUCAACAGCAACAGCAUCAAUACCAUCAACAGGUUGAGCAGGAACAUCAACAUCAUCACCAUCAUCACCAUGGUUACGAAACUCCACGUCCUGCGAAGAAGGAAAAACCUCUACCAACCGAAGAACCACAAUACUAUCCGCCCAAAAGUUACCGACCCAUCGAAACUAUCACGCAAGUUCAGAUGGAACCGGAACCUGUUCCUUCGGAGGAACCGUAUCGCUACAAACCUCUCAAGUCACACCAUGUCGACACGUUUAAACCGUCGACAGUAAACUACGAACGGGACGCUAGCCCUACCGUGCAGUUGAAGGAAACGUACAUUUACCAUCCACCCAAAUCACAUCACGUGGAUCCGCCGAAGAAGCAACCGGAAGCGAGCACCGUAACGUAUCACGGGUCGAAACACUAUGAACCCACGGACAAGCAUCUGUCGGAUGUGUCACCGGACUUUUUGAAGUUGGCUACGGCGCGACCAGCCAAGCAUAAGUAUGCCGACUUGCCGAAGCCUUCACCAGCGCCCAGCUACUCGAAGGUGACCAGUUAUCCUACACUGCAGUCCACGAGCUCGCAGCGCGAGAAACCUUCGUACGAUCCUUACAAAUACCGUCCAAGUCCCACACCGGAAUUGUCCAGCGCAGGCCAUGGGUUCCAAAAGAUUUCUUCCUCGCCGGCUAGCUUCCCGAAGUACAUCCCUGCCAAGAUGCCUGGUGAGGUGCAAUCGGAAUCCGGUACACCGUACAGCUUCAAGCAGGGACAUACCGCAGCAUCAGAAUCAUUCUCCAGCUAUGUGCCCUCGUCUACUCCGGAAUCGUUCAGUGCGGCUGUUUCGCAGGAUUAUCCGCAGAUGUUCUCCGCAUCUCCAACUUCAUACACCAAGUACAGUGGAGCAAGUCCAUCGUCAGCACCAUCAUCUGACACUCUGUACGAGUUCCCGCACAUGAAGGAAACGCCCAAAUCGUUCUCAAAGUUCCAGGAACCGAAGGCAUACUCCACCAUCCACCCGUCAGAACAACCGUUCAAAACGCUCAGCACCACGAUCUUCAUGAAGCCGUCCACGACGGAAGCGAACUAUGGCGUACCUUCGGGUAAACCAAUCCAAAACCUUACCACCUCGAUUGGGCUGAAGGUUUCUCCGAGCGACGCUACCAAGACGGAGUAUUAUACCGAUCCUGAGGUGACAACGUACUAUGUGCUUUCCAACGGAACUGAGAUCAAGCUUGGGGACGAUCCGUCCAAAAUACCGCAAGAGUUCCGCAUUACAUCGGACGAUGCGUCCUUCCUGAGUAGCAACUAUUCCACCAAGUUGGCGGAAGACUUUGCGAUGAAGUACAACUGGGACAGCUUGCACACGGUGGCGGACGGAGAGUUCUAUCUGGGAUCAGCAACCGACGCUACACUUAAGGCCCUCAUGAAGGACACACCCAAGACAACUUCCAAAUUCCACGAACCAAUUGAGUACAUCGUGCGGGAUAAGAAAAAGAUGAAGCCACUCGUUUUUCCCAAAGUUCCUCACAAACCGAUCAAGACGGUGACGAUCUACAAGUCCACACAUCGAUCGUCCGAUGAUCAUCUAGAGGGUGGUUUCGAACCAAUGAUUGGUGUGCAGCCGCAGAUGGACAAGAAGAGUGAGCUCCCCGGCGGGGACGAUGAAUUCUACUACACUAACGAGGCGAUCGAUCUGGAGGAGGAUACAACGAAGGCAUCAAAGAAGAACGCUGUGUUUAUGCCAGGUCAGGGAAUGGGUGGACGAAUGCCUGGACCGGGUAUGAUGCUAAAGCUAGCCCCAGGACCGGUACCCGUACGUGAGCAGCAAGCGCCUCCGGCUCAAGAUAUGGAUAUGAGCGCCGAACCGUCGAAGAAACAUCAGUACUUCGUACUGUACCAUAUUGAGGAUAAGGAGAAGAAACCCUCGCGACAACCGCCACCGACGCCGGUUGUACCGAAGCAAGAAAUUCACUACCACUACAGCGAGAAGGAGUCGGAAGAACCCGAGGUAACACACGAGCAUUACAACUACCACCACGAGGAGACAAUCGAGGAAUCGGAUGAUGAUAUACAGCAUCACUACGUGAAUCCGAACUAUGGCAAGUUUAACUAUCGGCCCAACAUUGCCCAUCCUUCGUACCAGAGACCGUUGCGCGACAGUAUGGCGGCUGGUAGUGAAACAACGCUGAAGGUUGUUGAUCCGGAUUCGAAACACACCCGGCCACUGGAAAUCACUAAGCAGGAGUACAUGCGUCACGUCCAGAAUGCAGUGCUGCGAUAUAUGCGCCAGCUGCAGGAGGAAGGUCGUCUACCACAGAUUGCCUCCCGUGACUCGGACGACACGCACAAAGCGUUCGAAGAGAUCGAUCUGGCAGCACUGCUGAACGGAGGACCCAAGCAAAAGUUCCAGCUCAAUGGCGCGGUGCGCACCAAUGUGCCUUCCAACCCAAGCCAUUACAAACCGAUGAAGUCUGUGCCGAGUUCGUCGACGUACAAACCGACGGCAUCGUCGCAGAACGUUAAGCUCGGUAAGAACACAUACACGGCCGGUAAACCGUUGAAGGUAGCAAUCGAGAGCAUGCAGGACACGCUCAGCAGCAACGUGGACCUUACCGUAAAGGGGAACAAACAGCUGGUAAAGCCAGACCUCUCUGCAAUCGAUGUCGGACAAUCGUACCUGCAUGGUUCCACGCUAGAUCACGGUUUAUCCGCGAAGGGCUACGACGGUUCCAAUGGUGGUGCAUCGCCCAAAACUAAGUUGCAUUUCAAUCAGCAAUCUCAUCACGAUAUCAACACGAUGCUAAAUGCCAAAGAAGGAGCAAAUCUGCAAGGAUUGCGGACGAAUUUGAAAGGAUCCUACCUGGACCACUCGGCCAACAACUAUGGUUCCAUUAAGGCAGGAUCCGCGAACGUGGGCGCUUCGAUAAGCUUCGGUAAUGGUGGCAUGGGACACGGGAAGGGCAUUCAUGCCAGUGAGGACGACAAUAAGAUGGCACCCGAAGCACUGGACGCACCGAUACAGAUCAUCAAUGGGAUCCCGAUUACGAAUCCCUACAAUAUAGAUAUAAAUACUCUAAGGUACAUGUUGGGAGGUCUCGCACAGGCCCAAGCCGAACAGCAACAGCAACAACAUACGCACAAAGAACCGAGCCUCAAACUGAAGGGUUCCAACUGGAUGUCACUGCCAACAAUGGCUAGUCCAACGCAGGUGUUCUCCUCGCACAUACCAACCUACCAGCAUCCACCAUCGGAGGUGAACAACUUUAAGUACAACGCCAACUUCGAUGCGAGCAACUUUAAGAUCAAGUUCCCGAAGAAUGUGAAACCCAAGGGCACGGUCACAAAUGCAGGUGAUGCUUCAGCUAGCGGAUCGAUGAACUAUGCUGCCUGGGCAGAGUCGCCCAGGGCCCCGAACCAAAUAAACGUUAACCAUUUUAACCACGGCAAUGGAAAUAACAAUCUGAACCAUGGUAAUGGUAUUCCGAAUCAGAAUGCCAUUGUUGGAAAUAGCCGACCAAUGGCGGUACAGAAUCAUCACCAUCAACAGCAGGUGCAGCAACAGUUCCAGCAGCAGCUACAGCAACAGCAGCAACAACAGCAGCUACAGCAACAACAGCACCACUUUGCCCAGCAGCAUCAGCAGCAGCACCAACAGCAGUUCAUUCGCCCGAACCGAGAAUUCAACCCGGAGCUGUACCUCAAUCCAAACGGGCAACUAUUCCAGGGCCUGCUGAAGCAGAACCCGAUCAUGAGCAAAAAAGCGGCUACCAGCGAUUGGAAACCGACCACGGUCAAGCCAACCGUGGGACCCUCGAAGGCGGUCAAGAUCGAUACCAACCUCCGACCACCACCACCGGUUGUCAAGGGUUGA